GCCAAUUGAUCCGAUUUCUCUUCUCCCCCGUGAACACCAUCAAACAUGACGAAACACCACGCCUCAAAUGCUAAUAAUUCUUGUUGAAACAGGUAGACGAUGAAGUCGGCUUCAUCCGCUUCUACCGCUCCAUCUCCUCCAACAACACCAACACCAACACCAAUAAUAACAAUGACACCAUCCGUAUCUUCGACCGCGGCGACUGGUACUCGGCCCACGGGACGGAGGCCGAAUUCAUUGCGCGCACGGUCUACAAGACGACCUCGGUGCUCCGCAACCUGGGCCGCAGCGAGACGGGCGGCCUCCCCUCGGUGACUAUGAGCGUGACGGUGUUCCGCAACUUCCUGCGCGAGGCGCUCUUCCGGCUGAACAAGCGGGUGGAGAUCUGGGCGACGGCGGCGACGGGCGGCGGGCGCGGCACGGGCUCGUGGAAGCUCGCCAAGCAGGCCAGCCCCGGCAACUUACAGGACGUGGAGGAGGAGCUGGGCAGCGUCGGGGCGCUGAGCCUGGACGCGGCGGCGCCCAUCAUCCUGGCCGUCAAGAUCUCCGCCAAGGCCGGCGAGGCGCGCCACGUCGGGGUGUGCUUCGCGGACGCGAGCGUGCGCGAGCUCGGCGUGAGCGAGUUUCUAGACAAUGACGUCUACUCGAACUUCGAGUCCUUGGUCAUCCAGCUGGGCGUCAAGGAGUGUCUGGUGCAGAUGGACGCCGGGCGCAAGGAUGUCGAGCUGGCCAAGAUCCGCGCGAUCGCGGACAGCUGUGGCAUCGCGGUGUCGGAGCGGCCCGCUGGGGAUUUUGGGGUGAAGGAUAUUGAUCAGGAUUUGACGCGGUUGUUGCGGGAUGAGCGGUCCGCGGGGACGCUGCCGCAGACGGAGUUGAAGCUGGCGAUGGGCGCCGCCGCCGCGCUGAUCAAGUACCUCGGGGUCAUGACGGAUGCCUCGAAUUUCGGGCAGUAUCAGCUGUAUCAGCAUGAUCUGUCGCAGUUCAUGAAGCUCGAUGCGUCGGCCCUGCGCGCGCUGAACCUCAUGCCCGGUCCGCGGGACGGAUCCAAGUCCAUGAGUUUGUUCGGCCUGCUGAAUCACUGCAAGACCCCCGUGGGCAGCCGGCUGCUGGCGCAGUGGCUGAAGCAGCCGCUCAUGGAUCGCGCGGAAAUUGAGAAGCGGCAGCAGCUGGUGGAGGCCUUUGUGGUGGAUACGGAGCUCCGCCAGACGAUGCAGGAGGAGCAUCUGCGGUCGAUCCCUGACUUGUAUCGCCUCGCGAAGCGAUUUCAGCGCAAGCAGGCCACCCUGGAGGAUGUGGUCCGCGUGUAUCAGGUUGCGAUUCGUCUGCCAGGGAUUGUUGCUUCGCUGGAGAACGUAAUGGAUGAGCAGUACCAGACCCCACUCGAAAAAGAAUACACCCUCAAGCUGCGCGGUUUCUCGGAUAGUCUGGCCAAGCUGGAGGAGAUGGUCGAGACCACCGUGGACUUGGACGCGCUGGAGAAUCACGAGUUCAUCAUCAAGCCGGAGUUCGAUGAGAGCUUGCGCAUCAUCCGCAAGAAGCUGGAUAAGCUGCGACAUGAUAUGAACGUAGAGCACCGUCGGGUGGGACGGGAUCUGGACCAGGAGGUGGAGAAGAAGCUGUUCAUGGAGAACCACCGUGUGCAUGGAUGGUGCUUCCGGCUCACCCGUAACGAGGCUGGUUGCAUCCGGAACAAGAGAGAGUACCAGGAGUGCUCGACGCAGAAGAACGGCGUGUACUUCACCACAUCGACAAUGCAGGCGCUGCGCCGCGAGCAUGACCAGCUUUCGUCCAACUACAACCGCACCCAGACUGGACUGGUCAGUGAGGUGGUCAACGUUGCGGCCUCUUACUGCCCUGUGCUGGAGCAGCUUGCCGGCGUUCUCGCCCACUUGGAUGUUGUGGUGAGCUUUGCCCAUGCCGCCGUUCAUGCCCCAACCCCGUAUGUCCGUCCCAAGAUGCACCCGCGCGGCACGGGAAAUACCAUCCUGAAGGAGGCCCGCCAUCCCUGCAUGGAGAUGCAGGAUGACAUCUCGUUCAUCACCAACGAUGUGUCCCUGAUCCGGGACGAGUCGUCCUUCCUCAUUAUCACCGGUCCCAACAUGGGCGGUAAAUCGACUUAUAUCCGGCAGAUCGGAGUCAUCGCGCUGAUGGCGCAGACGGGAAGCUUUGUGCCGUGCAGCGAGGCCGAGCUGACCAUCUUCGACUGCAUCCUUGCGCGUGUCGGGGCCAGCGACUCGCAACUGAAGGGCGUCUCGACGUUUAUGGCCGAGAUGCUGGAAACCUCCAACAUCCUCAAGUCGGCGACCUCCGAGUCCCUGAUCAUCAUCGACGAACUCGGCCGUGGAACGAGCACCUACGACGGGUUCGGUCUGGCGUGGGCGAUCUCCGAGCACAUCGUCACCGAGAUCCGUUGCUUCGGGCUCUUCGCCACCCACUUCCACGAGCUGACAGCCCUGGCGGACCGGUACCCCAAGUCGGCGAAGAACCUGCACGUCGUUGCCUUCAUCGGCGAUGGGACCGACGGGCAGCAGCCCAAAGACGACGCGCAAGACGCCAAGCGCAACCAGGUCACCCUGCUGUACCGGGUGGAGCCCGGCAUCUGCGACCAGUCCUUCGGGAUCCACGUGGCCGAACUGGUGCGCUUUCCCGAGAAGGUGGUCAACAUGGCGCGGCAGAAGGCGGACGAGCUGGAGGACUUCACCUCUGCUGGAACCCAAGGCGAUGGCGAGGAGCCAGCCCCGUCCUCCAUCGACAAAUAUUCCCAGGAGGAAGUCGAAGAGGGCAGCGCUCUUCUGAAGGAGAUGCUGCUCAAAUGGAAGGCGACCGUCGAGUCCCCCGGGACGAACCUCACCGUGGAGGAGAAGCGACAGAUCAUGCGCGACCUGGUGAAGAGCGAUCCCAAGCUGCAAGCGAAUAAAGUGUUCCAGAGCAUUAAGGCUCUGUAGAUUUCUUUUAUGAUCAUCAGGAAAUGUUCGGGUAUUUGUUUCUAGCGGAUAGGAGUUACGGAAAAUGGGAUUUAUCAUAUUGUAUGUAUGUUAGGGUUACAAUGCUAUGGACAUCAUUGGGUUGG